AUGAGAUCAUGCCCUAGAGGUCAAACCGUCCAAAAUGAACGGGACAAGAUUAGCACCAGAUCCAGCCUCCCGGAUUCGGCCACCACAAGUCAAACGCUAUUGAAUCUAAAACAACUGGUGCAAGCGGAAUCACGAGCUCAGUGCGCGAUUCAAGACAACUGCUGCCCGCGGCCAGGUUCGGAGUCAGAAGCGCAGUCUGUACUAAUGGAUGGUAUCAGUCAAAUGGCUGAUGUGAAGGACAUUUGUGAUUCCAUUAAAACGCAGCUAGUCUUCCUCAUCGAAUGGGCAAAGAGCUUGCCCAGUUUCGAAACACUCCCGAUGAGUGAUCAAAUUGCGUUAUUACAAUCCCAUGCCGGAGAAAUGCUGAUUCUUGGAGCCGUCUGGCGUUCGCUGUCCACUGCACGUGCUCAACAGACUACUCGGUAUAGCUGCUGUUUAACUAACGGCGAUGCCGUCAAGCGUAUCCAGCAGUGUCAGUCGGAAAGGCCGAGAGGGAUCUGUCCGGACAUCGGAAGAAUUGCUAAUAGUUCAGAUAUUUUCUGUUUGGCUCAAGAUGCCAAUACGAACCAAGGCGACCAGCACGGACUAGUUGAUACACAAACCAGUGAUCCCCAGUUGAUUCUGCUUGGAAAUCGUCGAGUCAUAUCCAGAAGAAGUCCACAGAUGCAGAUCGCUGAAAUUGCUCGACUGAUUCUUGAUCACUUGUAUCAACCGAUGCAAGAGCUAUGUUUGGAUGACGCGGAAAUGAUUUGUCUUCGAGCAAUCGUGUUUUUCGAUCCAAACUGUGCCAAUCUGACCGAAUCCGGUCGCACUUUGGUACGAAUGUGCCAGUAUCAAAUCCAAAUUGAACUGAUGCACUUGAUGAAUGACAAGCUGUAUCUUCCCCAAGGUCGCUUCGGGGCAUUGCUCUUACUUUUGCCCGAGCUGCGUUCAGUCACACAGCAGAUGGUGAACCGGCUGCAGCUCGCCAAACAAAUGGGUCUGACACGCCUAGAUGAACUUCUGUCUGAAAUACUCUUGUGUCGUGAGUCAAAUGGUGUGUCACCUUUCCCUGCCAUUCCAUUUGUUCAUCUUUAUCUGUGCGUUUUUAAGUCAGUUCUCGAUCGCUCCAUAUAG